AUGAUUUUCAAUAACCUCUGGCUUCGGGGCUUGGAGAUCUGGCUUACUUCUCGCCUCCUCCAGAGCCGUAUCUUCCACAGGAUGGUGGGCCGAGUGCACCAGAAGGUCCAAAAUCUCCGACAGGGCACCCCCCGAGAGGAGAUGGGAGGUACGAAGCUGCAAAAGGAUGAAUCCGACUUCAAGCAAUUCCUCGAGUAUUUCAAGGAAGAACUCAAGGACCAGAUGAAAGGGAAACCGCCGAAAAAACUUUGA